GCCAGUGGAUUCCCUCACCUCCAAAACUUUUUUGUUGCGAAGAAAAUUUCUGUCACAUCUGCGCGUCUGACCCUGAAAGACGUGAUUUCUCUGACCAACCCGGAGACCCAGACCGCCCAAGUACGGCGUUUGUUCUGCGCUAAUAUUCCUCGCUCGGAACAAAGUACAUAUUCCUCCACCAUAGACGCCCACCAUAUAUAUCAGCCUGGUCAAGCCCUCAUCUCUAGAUUUUAAGAAAGAAAGUUCGCCUGUUCUCCCCAUUGUUUAGAUCUACGCACGACUCUUCGUCCCAAGUUGAAUAGUCUCUCUUCUGCCACCGUCACUUUUCGUCAUACUUUACGCAAAAAGAAUUCCCAGACCCUACAACCAUGACGCUGGCCGACCACCCCAUCGAUACCCCGCCACGCCCGGCCUCGCCAGUCCACAGAUUUGGAACUCUGGCUGUGCACGCUGGAAGUCCUCACGACCCUGUUACUGGCGCUGUAAUUGAGCCUAUUUCGCUUUCCACCACAUUUGCACAGACCAGUGUUGGCCAGCCCAUUGGCGAGUACGAGUACUCACGCUCCUCAAACCCCAACCGAGACAACUUUGAAAAGGCCGUUGCAGCGCUCGAGCACGCCCGCUAUGCGCUCGCCUACUCCUCUGGCUCCGCCGCCACAGCCAACAUUCUGCAAUCGCUCGCAGCAGGCUCGCACGUCGUGUCCGUCUCGGAUGUCUACGGCGGAACGCACCGCUACUUCACCAAAGUGGCCCUCACACACGACGUCAAGGUGACCUUCAGCCCGAGUAUCGAAAUCGACAUUGCCGAACUCAUCCGCCCAAACACCAAGCUCAUCUGGAUUGAGUCGCCCUCGAACCCCACGCUGACCCUUGUCGACAUCCGCAAAGUCUCGACAAUUGCCCACCAGCACGGCAUCAUGGUCGUCGUGGACAACACCUUCAUGAGCCCGUACGUGCAGAACCCGCUCGACCACGGCGCAGACAUCGUCGUGCACUCAGUCACAAAGUACAUCAACGGCCACUCAGACGUGGUCAUGGGGGCCGCAGCCUUCAACUCCGAGCAACUCUACGAGCGCCUUUCCUUCCUCCAAAAUGCCAUUGGCGCCGUCCCCUCGGCCUUCGACUGCUGGCUCGCCCACCGCGGCCUCAAGACUCUCCACCUGCGCGCCCGCGAAGCAACGAAGAACGCGACGGGCGUCGCUAAAGCCCUCGAGGCUUCGCAACAUGUCAUCUCGGUCAACUACCCGGGCCUCAAGUCUCACCCGCAGCACGCCAUCGCACUCAAGCAGCACCGCGACGGUAUGGGCGGUGGUAUGCUGUCGUUCCGCAUCCAGGGCGGGCAUACCGCUGCUGAGCGCUUCUGCCAGGCUACCAAGAUCUUUACGCUUGCAGAGUCGCUCGGUGGUGUCGAGUCCCUCGUUGAAGUCCCCAGUGCUAUGACGCACGGUGGUAUUCCAAAGGAGCAGCGCGAAGCCGCCGGUGUAUUUGACGAUCUCGUUCGUAUCAGCUGUGGUGUGGAAGAUGAGGCGGAUCUCGUGGCUGACGUCGUUGCUGCACUGGAGAAGGCGGUUGUUGGAGGCAAGAUUCACAAUGGAGCGGCUUAAUUGGUCUCUUCUUGGGUCUUGUUCGUUUUUGUCUUUUUUUCUUUUUUCCCAAAAAGUCCCUUGGGUAUUCACUCAACGUGGCCAUGCAUGUAUUGGCGUUCUUUUACAAUUUUUUUGAGCCUUUUUUCUUUUCUUUUCUUUGAAGGGGACGAUUCCUACUUGCGUCAAUGCGAUGUUCACAAAGCACUUUGAGAAUAGAUAGAUAUGAUUGAGUCUAGCCAUCAUGGCAGCUGUUUCUAACGAUGAAAGACAAAAUGAUAGAUACA